AACACGUGAACAAAACGGGUGAUUUCUACUGAACUAUAAUAUAACUCCUAGGAAUUAUAGUAUAGCUCAGUGGUUAUUUCACAAUCAAGUAUUAUAUAUGCCAUAGCCUGCAACGUACUCAAAUUACUAUGGAAACUAAGUGAGAUGUAUAUUGAGCGAUUCUUUCGGGAAACUUUAACUGCUAUGUACAAGUUCCACGGGAAACGGGCGAUAAUAGUACCGGUAGUGAUCUUCAUAGGAGCUACCUUCUACCUAUGGACUUGCUGUCAUUUCGACCAAUUAUAUCAGGCAGCAUUUUUUACACAAGAUCAGAAAGGAACGACAGCAUGGCUAAAAUUACAAGAAGAUGUUCAGUGGUCCAAGAUUGAACAAAGACCAAAACCCGACAUGAAGGAAAUUCACGAUAGAUGGAUCGUUGUCACUUCAGUGGCGUCUCCCACGAAUCAAGUGAAAAAUCUAUCAAAAAUCAAAGAAUGGAGACUUGUUGUUGUUGCUGACAUCAAGACACCGAAGGACUGGGGCUACCCAAAUGUGGUGUUCCUCAGCGUGGAGAAACAGAAGCAACUGGGUUACAGAACUACUGAUCUCCUACCUUUUAAGAGUUAUUCACGGAAAACCAUCGGCUACCUUUAUGCUAUCGAACACGGCGCCAAAAUUAUCUACGAGACGGAUGAUGACAACUACCCAUAUGACGGAAACAUUGGAUUCAGACCAGAAGGCAAAGGCGAUUUUCUGGUUUACGCCAGUAAUCGCACUACCAUUAACAUUUACGAACAUUUUGGGCAAUCGAGUAUAUGGCCAAGAGGGUACCCCCUAGAGAAUAUUGGUGAUCCAGUGCAACACACGUUUGUAAAAUGCGGGGAGGUUAUGCCACUCAUACAACAAGGUGUGGUCAACGGGGAUCCGGAUGUGGACGCUAUAUUCCGUUUGACUCGCAAGGAUAGUGGAGUUAAACUCGAUGUUGAAUUCGACUCAAAUGCACCGCCAGUCUUAUUGCCCCGAGGAAGCUAUGCCCCGUUUAAUUCUCAGAAUACGUUGUUCUUAUAUGAUGCAUUUUGGGGACUAAUGAUGCCACCCGGACCUGCGAUGCGGGUUACUGAUAUUUGGCGGGCCUAUUUGGAUAAGCGCAUUUUGGAAGAAAUUGAUGGUUAUUUGGCGUUUUUCGGACCUAAUGCAUACCAAGAGAGAAAUGCGCACAGCUAUCUUGACGAUUUUAUCGACGAGAAAGCGCUUUACCACGACGCAGGGCGUUUUAUCGCUUUCCUAAGGAAAUGGAACACGACAAAAACCCACUUUUUUGACCGAAUUCUAGAAUUAACAGUCGCUUGCGUGAAAGAAAAAUUCCUUGAGCCAAUCGAUGCGCAUGUUAUGAAAGCAUGGUUGUCGGAUCUUAUCAGUAUAGGGUAUAAGAUACCCGAAUUACAAGAUCAAAAAGUCCCAUGUAGAAAGGUAUUAGAGCCACCGAAAGUUCUGAGAUUCAAAGAAAAACCAUCAUCGUAUAAUGGUUUGGGGAAAAAACUCAAGAAUAUUUUUUAGUUCAUUCUCGUUUUUA